CUCCUCUCUUUCUUCUCUCUCCGAGCAAGGGAAGGGAAGAGGGAAAGAAAAAAAACUCGCAAAGCUCACGCGCACACGGCAGAACCCAAUCGCAGCCCACGCCCCCUGGCCCGACCGGAUCGAGCCUCGGCCGAGGGCAUGGGCGGAGCAGGCGACGGCGAGGGGGCCGGGAGCGAGUCCCCGCCCUCGGGCGCGCGGGCGACGCUCAACAUCCGGUGCGCCAACGGCGCCAAGUUCACCCUGCAGGCGGACCUGGGCGAGACGGUCGGGGCGUUCAAGGAGGUCGUGGCCGGGAGCUGCGACGUGCCGGCGCCGCAGCAGCGCCUGAUCUACAAGGGCCGGAUCCUCAAGGACGAGCAAACCCUAGAAAGCUACGGUGUUGAGACAGAUCACACCAUUCACUUGGUGCGAGGCGUUGCCCAACCAGCAGCAUCAGGAGCACCUGCUGCAGCAAGCCCCCAAGCUUCAACUACUCCUACCAGUGGCCCUGCAGGUGGUCUUGGAGGCUUAUUUCCAGGCCUUGGUGCUACUGGAGCUGCUAGUGGCAGGCCAGCAGGUUUAUUUGGGGCUGGACUUCCGGAAUUAGAUCAAAUGCAGCAACAGUUGAGCCAGAAUCCCAACCUUAUGAGGGAGAUAAUGAACAUGCCAAUGAUGCAGAGUCUCAUGAAUAACCCUGAUCUAAUACGCAAUAUGAUUAUGAAUAAUCCACAAAUGCGUGAUAUUAUUGAUCGGAAUCCAGAUCUUGCCCAUGUCCUCAAUGAUCCUAGUGUUCUCCGCCAGACCCUUGAAGCUGCAAGAAACCCUGAAAUUAUGAGGGAGAUGAUGCGGAACACAGACAGAGCAAUGAGCAACAUCGAAGCUUCCCCUGAAGGGUUUAAUAUGCUCCGGCGUAUGUAUGAAACUGUACAGGAGCCUUUUCUUAAUGCAACAACAAUGGGAGGGGGUGGGGAAGGCACCCCGGCCUCUAACCCGUUUGCAGCUCUUCUUGGAAAUCAGGGGCCUAACCAAGCCGGCAAUGCUCCAACUACCGGCCCAGAGUCCACAACAGGAACCCCUGUUCCAAAUACUAAUCCACUUCCAAACCCCUGGAGCAACAAUGCUGGGGGUGCGCAAGGAACAACACGGUCAGGUCCUGCUGCUAGUCCCAGGGCUGGUGCAACUGGUGGCCCAGGAGGGCUGGGUUCAGCAGAUUUGAGCAGCCUGCUCGGUGGUCUUGGUGGGAAUGCAAGAACUGGUGCUGCAGGUGGUCUAGGAGGGUUGGGUUCAGCAGAUUUGGGGAGUAUGCUUGGUGGUCCACCUGAUGCUGCUCUUUUGAGUCAGAUGCUGCAAAACCCUGCUAUGAUGCAGAUGAUGCAGAACAUUAUGUCUGACCCACAGUCAAUGAACCAGUUGCUUAGCAUGAACCCAAAUGCACGUAGCCUGAUGGAGUCAAACACUCAGUUGAGGGAUAUGUUCCAAAACCCAGAAUUUCUUCGCCAGAUGGCAUCCCCAGAGGCUUUGCAGCAAUUACUCUCAUUCCAGCAGACACUGUCAUCACAGCUUGGCCAAAAUCAACCUAGCCAGGCUGGUAACCUAGGGGGCAAUGGCACAGGCACGCGGGGAAAUGUUGGCCUGGACACCUUGAUGGGCAUGCUUAGUGGGCUUGGUGCUGGAGGUGGCUUAGGUGUACCAAAUGCCUCCAAUGUGCCACCGGAGGAACUCUAUGCAACGCAACUCGGCCAGCUCCAAGAAAUGGGGUUCUUCGACACUGCAGAGAAUAUCCGGGCACUGAUGGCCACUUCUGGGAACGUACAUGCUGCUGUGGAGCGCCUUCUCGGGAACUUUGGCCAGUAGAUAAAAUGAGCCAGAUGCUGCCCGUAAUCUCCCUGUUUUAGCCAACAGGCAGUGUCCGUCUACAGUAAAAAAGACGGAAUAAUACAGUUAACUUUUUCCCGUACAUGGUCGUCAUGCCUUUGUUUUUUCAGUGUUGUAUUGACAAUUUGGAUUGAUGUACAUACAUAUCAGAUGAUCCGGUGUUACCGCAAAGAAUGUGGCUCUAGUUUUCCUUUAA